AUGAUGGCGUGUUCGCCUGGCUCCAACGGUCUGAUAAUACUUCUCCUGCUGCUGGGCGCUGCGCUGAUCUGCUUUCCAAGCGCCACGGAUGCCGCAAGGCACAUGACAGUUCGGUCGCAGGGAGUGAUAUCGAGCAGCCGGACCAUAGCGCACACGAUAUGGGCGUCAGGAAGCACGUUCCUUCGCGGCAAUAUCAAUGGAGGUAAAAGGAGCAACAGUGGCAGCACCGCAGUUUCUACAACCACCGGCGCUACAACCGCCGCUGCUGGCUUCGCGGCUGCUACAGCCGCCGCGGCGAGCGCGGGGUGCGCGGCGUCGGCUCUAGAGGGGUUCGCGUGGUCGGUGGCGCUGGGAUCUACUGGACUCACGCUGCAUUGGCGCGCAGUGGACUCGUCGCGCCUCGCCUUGGCGCUGGAAGCGGCGGGCGGCAGCGCGGCGGCGGCGGGGUGGUUCGCCGUGGGGUGGUCGGCGACGGGCCGCAUGGCGGCGUCCGACGCCGUGGUGGGCAAUCUGGCGGGCGGCGCCGCCGUCCAGGCGGUGUACAUGAGAGGCACUGCGCAGAGCGACGUUCAGCCCACAAGCAGCUUCGAUAUCGGCAACGCGCAGCUCGCCACGUCACCCUCGGGAUCCACCAUUCUCACGUUCAACCGCACGGCAGGAGACGGGUCGGUGCCGGUGAGCGUGCAGGGCAGCAACACGCUCGUGUGGGCGCACUCCGCCGAUGGCUCGCAGUCACUCCGCUUCCACGGCGACUAUGACUUCCGUUUUCCUUCACUUUGUUCAUUCUUCUCAUGCUCCUGCUUUUUCGUCUCUCCCCCCUCCCCUUCUCGCUCUCCCCCUCUCUCCCCUCCUCCCAGUGGCGCGCUGCAAGUGGACUUCGCGUGCUCCUCUGCCUCGUCCGGAGGGGGAGGGGGUGGCGGCACUGGUGGGGGCACGGGGGGAGGCACUGGCGGAGGUGGGGGCGACUAUGGGGGUGACUACAACGGGGGGAACAAUGGGGGUGGUGAUUACAGCGGUGGUAAUGGCGGCGGCGACUAUAACGGGGGGGAUGGAGGCGACUACAACGCUGGAGGUGACGAUAACGGGGGGAGCGGUGGUGACUAUGAGGGUGGCAGCGGCGGUGGGGGGAGUGGUGGCGGCGGAGGUAGCAGUGGUGGGGGCGCAGGAGGCGGAGGAAGGGGAGGCGGUGGGGGGGACUGCGGGGGAGGGCCUGGCGCCGGGCAGGGGGGACGUGGUGGCGGACAGGGCGGUCCUGGGAGCGGGCAAGGGGGAGCUGGGGGCGGGCAGGGCGGACCUGGGGGAGGUUAUGGUGGGGGGAGCAACGGCGGUGACUAUGGUGCUGGUAGUGGCGGUGGUGAAAAUAGCGGGGGGAAUGGAGGGGACUACAACACUGGUGGUGACUACAGUGGGGGGAACACUGGAGGGGGCUAUGGUGGCGGCAAUGGUGGUGACUAUAACGGGGGGAGCAAUGGAGGUGACUUUAACGGGGGGAGCAACGGUGGUGACUAUAACGGGGGGAGAAAUGGUGACUACAGUGGGGAUUACAGCGGGGGGAUGGGCGGCAGUCAGGGCGGCCCAUCCGGGGGUGUGAGUGGCGGGGGAGGCAUGGGCGGUGGUGCUGCUGGAGGUGGUGCUGCUGGCGGUGGCAUGGGAGGGCCUGGGGGGAUGGGAGGAGGCGAAGGCAUCGGAGGGGGCGGAGGAGGAGGGAUGGGGGGAGGGGGAGGGAUGGGGGGAGGGGGAGGGAUGGGGGGGGGGGAGGGAUGGGCGGAGGUGGAGGUGGAGGUGGAGGUGGAGGCAUGGGAGGAGGAGUCAUGA